AACAAGAAACGACGUAACAGGAUAAAAUAUACUUGGCAUACAAUGAAGCUUUUUUUGUUUGUCUUCUGUAUUCUGGUAACCACUUCGAGCAAAGGACAUUCAGCUGGAGUUAACCAUGUUCAUCACUGCGAGAAUCCGAGAAGGAUCUCCAACCUUGAGGCUGAUUUGAUUCUUGGUGGGUUGUUUCCUGUCCAUGUUAUGCAACCGACGGGUAAAGGGACACAACAGGAAUACGAUAUCAAUUUUUACGGAGUUAACUGGGUCGAAGCCAUGUUGUUUACUAUUAAUGAAAUCAACCACGAUCCCCGCUUCUUCCCACUGAAUUUUACUUUGGGCUAUGACAUCAAAGAUUCAUGCAACGAUGUGCCUGUGGCAUUGAAAGCUAUCCUUGACUUUGUUCUCGAUGCUGGAAAUACGACUAUCGACAAAAUUAUCUCCAAGAAUUGCUCUACUCGGUAUUGCAAAUGUACUGACAAGCAGACACUUAUAUCUGCAGUAAUUGGAGCGGCCUCAUCGCCGAUAUCCACUAACGUAGCAAAUCUUCUAGGAGUAGACAAUACACCUCAAAUUAGCUACUCCUCUACAAGCGUUCUUCUCAGUGAUAAGACUGUGUAUCAUUCUUUCUUUAGGACAAUACCAUCCGAUACGUAUCAGGCUCAAGCCCUUGCUGAUUUGCUGAAACAGUUUGGUUGGACGUAUGUGUCUAUCGUUGCAUCUGAUAACGCUUACGGGCGCGCAGGGCUAGACUCCUUGCGAUCAGAACUUAAAAAGAAGAACAUCUGCAUCGCUCUGGAGGAAGUUUUUAAUCCCUCGCUGCCCCAAAAUGAACUACGUCGCAUUAUCAAGUCGCUUAAGAGCACGCCACGCGUUAGAGUGAUCAUUUUAUGGUGCGAAAGGCCGAAUGCGCUAGGGUUCUUAAACGAAGCGUCCCGUAAAAGGUUGAAGGGCAAAACUUGGAUUGGAACGGAAACCUGGGGAGACGCGUGGCAGCUGGAAUCAUUGGAUGAAAACGUCGUAGGAGGGAUGCUUGGAGUGCUGCCAUUGCUGAAAAAGCAUACUGCAUAUGAAGAACAUCUGAAGAGUCUAAAUCCAAACAAUACCGAUCAUAAUCCGUGGAUGUGGGAAUACUGGACAAAAAAAUUUAACUGUAGCUGGGACACGGAAGGUUUAAUGAACAGUACUUACAGCCGUGUCCAUGUAAGAGAGAGAGAAUUGUACGUUUACAAGACCAAGCAUCCAAAUAUGACUAUAAUCUGUCCAAAAUACUCACAGGCUGGUCCUCCAACUGGUGAUCUACUGCCCCGGAAUAAAUACACAAAUGUUAUGGACGCUGUUUACGCAGUCGCUUAUGCUGUGAAAAAUAUUUUGGAUUGCAAGGAUAGAGGCAGUUUUCUUCUGGAUGCACGUGAAAAAUGCCUUUCUGUUGAUGAAAUAACACCGAAUGACAUCCUGAAAUUCCUAAAAAACGUGUCCUUCGAGGGAAGGUCUGGCUCACAAAUCAUGUUUGAUGAAAAAGGGGAUCUGCGUUACGGAUCAUACGCGAUUAAAAACCUCCAACGGUCUGGCAAUAACGAAAUGAAAUUUGUUGAGAUAGGUAAUUGGAGUGGAAUUGAUGGUAAACUUUCACUCAGUAACAAUUCUAAGAUCAUGUGGAAUGGUUGGAGUGCAGAACAACCAAUCUCAACUUGUUCAGACGAGUGUCGUGCUGGGUUUUAUCCGGUCAAAGAAAGUGUGAGAUGCUGUUGGAAGUGCGUUGAAUGCGAGACUGAUUUUAUAAAGCCUAAGGCUGGACAGGACAAAUGUAGGAAAUGCCCAAAUGGUUACGUCUCCAACGCGCCGAGGACCAAAUGCGUGAAACUGAAAUCUGACUUCCUCUCCUGGGGAGAUGGUGAAGGGAUUAGUGCAGCCAUACUCGCUGUUAUUGGAGUUUUUAUAUCUGUCGGUGUCUUGGCAGUUUUUUACAAGUAUCGCAACACAGCUGUGGUAAAAGCAUCCAAUCGAGAGCUCUCGUUCGUGCACUUGGGAUGCAUCGUAGCUAUUUUCGCUCUACCGUUCGUGACGAUUGGUAAACCAACAGUAGCUGGCUGCGCAGCAUUUCCAUUCUUCUUUGGAAUUCCUUUGACCCUCUGUACUUCCAUAAUGCUGUUAAAGACAGACAGACUCCUGCGCAUAUUUCAAGCCAGGUCUCGGCUGACCGCUUCAAGCAGCUAUCUCAUCAGCAAUAAGAUGCAGGUGAUCGUUGCGGUAAUAAUGACUUUAGUUCCAGUUAUUCUGACAACCAUUUGGCUGAUUGUUGAUCCACCCAAUGUCAUGAUUAAGGUUGACAACUCAAGAGAAGGAUGGCAAAUAAUUAGCUGCGACGAAUCUCACGAACUCUUAAACAUUGUUAUUCUGGCGUACGUUUUGAUUAUUGCCCUGCUAUGCACUUACUUUGCUUUUAAAGCCCGUAAGCUUCCUGAAAAUUUCAACGAAGCAAAAUUCAUCUGUUUCGCCAUGUUUGCGUUUUGUAUUUUCUGGCUGAGUUUUUUUCCCGCCUAUUAUGACAGCACAGGCUCAACGCGCAAUUUCGUGUUUUGUUUAGGAAUUCUUAGUUCAGGCUAUGCUGUUCUGGGCAUCAUGUACGUUCCAAAACUUCGCGUGAUUCUCUUUCAUCCUGAAAACAACACUACUGAGGCAUUCAGGGCAACAACUAUGGUGGCCAUGAAGAAAGCAGGGGUAGUUGUUUCUUCCAAUAGUGGGACGCCUCCCCGAAUAACGCCACUUCCUUCCCCUGUACCUUCAAGGCGUAAUUCUCUCGACUUGGUUGUUACAAAUGAAGGAAGAACUUCUGCAGUGAGCAUUGGUCGGACGAUUUUACCAUCAUUGACUCAGUUAGGUCACAGUUAG